UCAGAACCUUAUUGAAAAGGUUCAGGAAAGCCCACCAGUGUGGAAACUAGUCCUGAACUCCGGUUUCGUUUCUGGUGGGGAUUCCCCGAAUCCUCACGGACAAGUUGCACAAUGUCAGUUAGGAAUGCCCACCGCCAGAAUGCGAAAAUCAAGUUCUAGGGGCAACACAAGUCCGGUAAAUCCAGAUCUACAACAGAAGAUCAUUGAUUGUUUAAAGCGAUAUAACUACCCGUUAAGACCACUCAAAAUCGCCAAAGGUGUUGGGUUAAAUGCUGCAUCGCAAGUGACUCAAACACUCUAUCUGAUGCAAAACCGAGGCUUUGUGUCAAAGGUGAAGCAGAAACCCGUUGAGUGGGCACUAGUCCCGCAUGCCCUUAGUAGCGGGUCCUCGUCAGAUGAAUCUGAUCAGAAGCCAAGUGGAGAUGCGAUGUUUGAAUCGGAGCAAACCAUUGCAUCAGAAAUGGAGGAUGUCAGUAACGUAACUAAACUAGUUGAUGACAGUGUGCCAAAUGUCGACUUAAAUCUUGAAGUGUCGAUGCCUGGGGAUGAAGCUGACUAUAACCAAAGUGUGAAGAGUAAUAAUGAGAUGUUAAUUGAUGGUGCUGGCCUGAUAGAACAUUUUGAUGAGUCAAAAACGCCAGAGCAUGAUCUGCAGGAAUCUCCAGAGGAUAUGGAGACUACUUUUCAGCGUCCAGAUUCAUGUGCUAUCUCCGAUUCUGAGGGUUCUGGCGUGAAUGAUGAGACUCUGGCCGAACUCAAACGGCUCGUGGAGGAAUCAGUCCCAACUAAAGAUGACUCUCUUGAUGAAAACAUACAGGAAUCUGAAGUUGAAAAUAUGGAGUGUGGCAACAAUGCUUCGAACAAAACUUUGGAAGACACACCGUCAGACAAAACUUCAGAAGACCCGCAGACAGACGAAACUCAGGAAGACCUGAUAAAUCAUAAUCGGCAUAUUUCGGCUGUAAAGCUUGAAUUGGAAGAUCCUGGUUAUGAUGGUAAGAUGGAAACAUCCGAGAUUGUUAAACACGUCGCAAAGAAACAACGGAUUACUGAUGACAAUGCUGUCUUGAUGGCUAUGAUGAGACCGUCUCCCCAAAUAAAACGGCAGAAAGAAUUUGAUGUCCCGACAGAAACUGGUAUGCUGCCAUUCAAAACGUCACAGAAGCACACUCCAGUUCAAACUGUUGGCCGAGGGAGGGCAUCAUCUUUGUCAUCUUCUGGCUCUUUCAGUCGACCAUUGCCUCCACACGAGUGGCUGCGUAUGCGAGGUGAACUACCCCUCGCUGCUGAGGAAGCUUUCUCUCAACAGACCUACAACAAGCCUCAGCCCUUGCCUGGUGUGGGGCGGGGCAGAGGAAUCAUUGCAAGCCAGUUGAGUAUUCCCGGUCAGGUGAGACAACAGUUCUCACCGACUGGUGAUGUUGCUCCUCUGUUGACCCCAAGUCCUUGGACACAAAGCAGAGGUCGUGGGAGCAUCCAGAGUACUGGGCAUGUGGGUGCUGGAUCCCAUAAUUCUGGGCCAGUUGGUGGUGUACAACAAGGUCCAAGGCAAGGUGGUGCUUUGCAGUGUUCUGCGUCAAAAUUGGAGACCCUUAAGCUUCUACCUUCUGUGCCUCCUCCUCUGCCUCCAGAUUCUUGGACAAGAUUGAAUCAACAGACCAAAACUGUCCAAAAUACUGAUCAACCAUCUAGGUAUCCUGUAGCUAGUUUGCAAAAUGCCAUCGGUAACAAACCUGCAUUUCAGUCACUUGUGGCACUAUCUCAUUCCAAACCAGCACCAUCAUCAUCCUCAUCUUUCAAACUGCCGCCAACUCCAUUUGAUCUUGUUAAAAACACCACAACCUGGGGCACAGGUACCACUGAACCUCUUGAGGACAAAAGUCCAGAAAUCGAGGCACAGAAUGCAUUUCUGUCCGCAUUAAAUGUACCAACCAACGAAAACACUUCACAAUCUCAAUUUGGUCAAAAUUCACUGAAGUUUGGAAAUAAAUCUCAGAACUCAAAUUUUGGUAAUAAUAUACAGAACUUUGGUAACAGUUCUAAUUUUGGCGGUAUUUCAAAUAACUUUGGUUCAAAUUUUGGUUCAAACUUGAACUUUGACAAUGGUUCUAAUGUUAGGUCUGGUUUACCUGGCCGGCCCGCUCUUGGUUUGAGCAGUGCACCUGUUGCUCAGAGUACGAUGUUGUCAACAAAAAUAACCGGACUUACCCACAACGAUAUGGAUAGCUCCAGAAGUUCAGGAUCGGGAUUCAGCAGCGAGAGUUUCAACAUGUUGAAUAAGAAUCCAAUCAGCGCUUUAUCAGAAUACGCACAGACACGGAAACUCCAACUCCAGAUUAAAAUUGUCGGGGAAAGUGGACCAGCGCACAAGAAGAGGUUCCAGAUGGCUGCUUUUGUUGGUAAGGAACGCUUCCCUGCCGUUUGUGGUACGAAUAAGAAGGAUUGUCGAAAAGAGGCGGCUGAUGUUGCAUUAAGAGCACUGAUGGCUGAUGGGAAGUAUCAAAGCAAUAAGGAAAAGACAGUGAAUACUCCAAAGAUUCCCAUGCCAAAUGCUCCAGCGACCCAUUUUGAUAAUGUGGCGGCCUUGAGUCAUUCUGCAUUCAAUACGCUCGCUGCACGCAUCAUGGAAAACCUGAGCGGACGGAAAGUCUUGGCUGCACUUGUGAUGAAGAAAGGUCCAAAUGACGGGGGAUCUGUCGUCAGUCUUGGGACAGGCAAUCGUUGCAUCACCGGACCACAGAUGAGUCUCGAAGGCCACACUGUCAACGAUUCCCACGCAGAGAUCGUAACACGCCGGGGCUUCAUACGGUUCCUCUACAAGCACCUGGAGACUGACACGCCAGGUUCUGCCGACAGUCUAUUCGAGCCUAGUCCGUCAGGAAAACUCAAGAUCAAGGAUGGCAUCACAUUCCAUUUGUAUAUUUCAACAGCACCGUGUGGGGAUGGUGCGUUAUUUUCACCAAGAGAUGCCGAAGGUGCCACAGUCAAAGAAGGCGAAAACAAAAUCGAACACACGCCAACUUUUACGACUGCGGUCCAGGGGAUCGUACGAACCAAGAUCGAGGGAGGCGAGGGAACAAUACCGCUCGAGCCGGGAUUUAUGGGCCAAACAUGGGAUGGUAUCCUAAGAGGAGAGCGACUGAGGACGAUGUCUUGUAGUGAUAAGUUGUGCCGUUGGAAUAUCCUUGGGAUGCAAGGAGCACUCUUGACACAUUUCUUGGAUCCGAUUUAUUUGAGCACUUUGACAUUAGGUUAUCUUUAUGACCAUGGCCAUCUAGCCCGGGCACUCUGCUGUCGUCUCUCCAGAGGAGAACCACCAAUCGAAGACUUACUGCCACCAUAUUACAAAUUGAACCACCCACACCUCGGCCGAGUGACGAUGUACGCGCCUCAGCGGGGCACAGAGAAGACCAAGUCUGUUAGUCUGAACUGGUGUGCUGGGGAUUCAGGGGCUGAGGUUCUUGAUGGGGCAAUAGGACAGGUCAUUGACAAGUCUAGGACAAACGUUAUCUCAAGAGUCGCCAAGAAGAACCUUUACGAGUCCUUUAAAGCGUUAUGCGUCAAGUUCAACAAAUCUGAGUUGCUCGAGGCUGACAACUACUAUGCGGCAAAGCGGGAAGCAAAAGACUUUCAGGCCGUGAAAAAAGUCAUGAUCGAGCGACUGCGUAAAAAUAAACUUGGGCCGUGGGUGCAGAAACCUAUGGAAGAAAAGAUGUUCGUUUAGAACAGAGGUUGCGCUGUGGUUGGGUGUCACCAACUAGUCUGUAUCCAAGUGGUUGUAUCUGUUUGUUCUUAUAUUCAACCAAAAGUCCUAUAUGACUGAUGACCCAACCAUCUCUUCAUCCCUUUAGUCGGAAUAAACGGGUGAAGAGGCAACACAUCUGAUCAAAAGGAACAGUUUCCAUGAGUUCUGCUCGGAAAUGUUAGGUUUCAGGCUCAUCGGCCCCCAGAGAGUCGCAGAAAUAAGCUUGGCUAUUGUUUCUUGUAAAUCGUUGCAACAUGUUAGCUUCUGUGCCAUAGUCAUUACAAUGAGGCUGUAACUGUUCUUUUCACCCAGGCAGAAUUAGUUGGAGUGUCUGUCCACUCCAUGAUAAAACUGAAGAAUUCUUUUCGCAGAAACAUGAUGUACAUGUAAGUGUAGUGCAAUUGAUAAAAACUAUCUCGACAUUA